AGUAGUGGUAGUAGUAGUAGUAGUAGUAGUAGUGGUAGUAGUAGUAUCAGUAGUAGUAGUAGUAGUAGUAGUAGUAGUAGUAGUAGUAGUAGUAGUAGUAGUAGUAGUAGUAGUAGUAUCAGUGGUAGUAGUAUCAGUAGUAGUAGUAGUAGUGGUAGUAGUAGUAGUGGUAGUAGUAGUAGUGGUAGUAGUAGUAUCAGUAGUAGUAGUAGUAGUGGUAGUAGUAGUAUCAGUAGUAGUAGUAUCAGUAGUAGUAGUAGUAGUAGUGGUAGUAGUAGUAGUGGUAGUAGUAGUAUCAGUGGUAGUAGUAGUAGUAUCAGUAGUAGUAGUAGUAGUAGUAGUAGUAGUAGUAGUGGUAGUAGUAGUAGUAGUAGUAGUAGUAGUAGUAGUAGUGGUAGUAGUAUCAGUAGUAGUAGUAGUAGUAGUAGUAGUAGUAGUGGUAGUAGUAUCAGUAGUAGUAGUGGUAGUAGUAGUGGUAGUAGUAGUAGUAGUAGUAGUAAUAGUAGUGGUAGUAGUAUCAGUAGUAGUAGUAGUAGUGGUAGUAGUAGUAGUAGUAGUAGU